UUCAUAAAACGCGUCUCCCCGUUGUCUUACCUAGAAAGUUCGCCAUUCCAUCUUUCCCCUCUUUCCCCUCUAUAUAGGCUACGCCGCGGCUCUUCGUACCAAUUCAUCCUUACUGUAUCUGUGCUCAGUCAAAAUCACUUCUGAUCUGAGAGUGUUGUUAGUAUUCAAUCAGGAAGAUGGAUGGCGGAAGAGAUCAGUCAACUUUCUGGAACUUCAGCGACCAGCUUCGACUCCACACCGCCGGAAUCUCGAAUCUUUCUCUCGGAGACAGCAUAUGGUCUGAUCCGUUGCUCUCCGCCCGCCGGAUGGAGGAUCGCCGGAACAUGGACGCUUUUGCUUCCUCUGACGCCGGCUGGAAGAUGGGGUUCGAUGUCCCUCAAAAGCUUGCUUUCACUAACAACAAUUUUAAUCGGUACAACAACAACAACCUGAAUAGCGCAAGUAGUCUGAAGGUCACAAAGGAUUUUGACAACGGUAGUCGUGUGAAUAACUAUAACGGAGAGAUCAAGAAUUAUUUCGGGAAGCCGAUUUCUAACUCAACGGUGAAUAGUCACAGUACUGCUGUGUUCGGUGGUACCAAGAAGAACAACGAGAGUAUUGUUAAAGUGGGGAAGAAUAAGAAGAACAGUAACAGCAGUAGUAAAGAUAUUAGUAAUAACAAUAAUAAUAUCAAUACUAAUAGUGGCAGUGCUCUGGAUAAGAGGUUCAAGACUUUGCCACCGUCGGAGGCUCUUCCAAGAGGCGAGGCAGUGGGAGGUUACAUCUUUGUCUGCAACAAUGAAACCAUGGAGGAGAAUCUGAAAAGGCAGCUCUUUGGUCUUCCUCCACGCUACAGAGACUCUGUCCGGGCAAUAACGCCGGGCCUGCCAAUAUUUUUAUACAACUAUUCAACACAUCAGCUUCAUGGGAUUUUUGAGGCUGCUAGUUUUGGAGGAACAAAUAUUGAUCCUGCAGCCUGGGAGGAUAAAAAGCAUCCGGGAGAAUCUCGUUUUCCUGCUCAGAUAAAAGUUGUGACUAGGAAAAACUGUGAACCACUUGAAGAAGAUUCUUUCAGGCCAAUUUUACACCACUACGAUGGUCCCAAAUUCCGACUCGAGCUUAGUGUACCUGAGGCGCUGGCCCUUCUGGAUGUAUUCACAGAGAGCAGCGAUUGACAUUAGCUUCGCAGAGCAGAGUGAAAUGCAAAGGUUUCCAUAUGACAGCAUUUAUGUAAGUUUAAACGUAAGCGUAAUGUGCCUAGGAGAAAAUAAUGUUUGGCUUAAGGAUAUGGAUAAAGAAUGUGUGCCCAUAUUAGUACCAUGUGAAAGAACUUGAGGCUUCAAGUAAGCAUUAUGUAAAUUUUUUUUCACCAAA